UCUUCAAAGCAAAAUCUGAUUGGCUCAAUAAAUUUUUCCGUUUACUAGAGCCCAGUUUUUUUGUUAUUCCGAGGCUGAAGCACCGAAGAUUUGAAAACUGUCCUAAAAUUUCCAAUGCACACGAUUAUUUUCGCUGGAAUAUUUUUAAUGGAGCAGUCUAUAAAUUAUCUGAAAGAGAUUUUGCAAUCUCUGAAUCUGGAAAAAAGUGAAGAUGACGAUGCAGAAAGCGAGGAGAAACCAUUGGUUCUGAUGAGAAAACCUCUACAAAAACCAUGGUACAGAAAAUCCAGGAAAAGUAUCGUCCGUAUGAUGGGGAGUAGCAUCUUCUGUCACACAAAUGACAGAAGAAGGAGAAAAUUUAAAAACAGAAGUUUGGUCAGGAUGAUAGCAAGCAAUCUGCCAUUGCAACCUGCAAAAAGAGCAUAUUUUGAGAUAUUUGCUGGAUCCAAGAGAAUGAUGAGUAAAGCAAAAAACUUUCUAGAGGACAAUGUGAGUACAAUAAAAUCACAGAUGCCAGAACUAGGGCUUGCUGAUUUAGAACUUUUUACUUGGAAUGGUUUUGAAGAGGAAGGUUCUGAUAAUAAAAGUGGAGUUAUCACCAGAGUGACCCUCGAUAGCUCUGGCCUUAGUGAAAUCAGCAAUGUUUCUUCUGAUGAACUGACUGGACCACCAAGAUGCCUAAAGAAGGGGAAAAAGUUGAGAGAAAAGGAAACAUCUGUAAAAAAGAUAGCUGCCUUAGAAGAUGAACUUGCAGAUUUACGUGCACAAAUAGCAAUGAUUGUUUCACAUCAAGAAAAAACACCAGAGCAAGUGACAACAAUAGCACCACCACCGCCACCACUACCUCCACAGAUGAUACCUGCUACGCCUCCACCACCUCCCCCACCAGUUGUACCAAAAAUCCUACCUAAAAUAAAUAAACCAAAGAACUUGAUGAAGUCAAAAGCACAGGAGAAUGGCGUUCCCUCCAUGGCUGAUGUUUUAGCUGGACUGUCAGCUGUUAAAUUGAAGGCCGCAAAUGUUAAAAGAUCACCUGGAGGUACACCAUUAAAAGUAAGGUCGCAAAAUCGCCAGUCGUCAUCACAAGAUCCAGCAGAUGUCAUUGCGAAUGCUCUAAGAAAAAAAUUUGCUAAAGCAAGGAAAAGUAUUGGCUCUCCAUGUAAAGAUAAGGAAAAUCAAUGGAGCCCUCACGCAGAAUUCUCUCCAUCUCCAGCAAAAUGUAUUGAUGUAUCAUACCUUUCUCCGGUGACAUCAAGCCCUGAAGCGCUACAAAAAUCUAGAAGAAGAUCAAAUACUGUUCCUGGGAGAAGAAUUGUACUCAGCCCUGUCAAUGAAAACUAGGGAAUUACUGAAUUUCCUCUAGGACAUUGUUCAUUUGCGAACCUACAUUUAAUUCGUCAAAGUAGAGUGUAUAUAGAUUUAGAGGAAAGUCGUCUAGUAUAGAGAAACAUCUGGCUUUGGGAGUGCGUACAAGCCGCAGUAUAUUCAUACGUCAACUAAUUUUCUAGGCUGAGUUUCGUGGUACCACUAUUAGCAAGGAGAUGCUGUCAUUUUUCUUCUGAAUUAUGCAUAUUAAGCAAUAAAUGCAGAUUCUUCACAGAUACUUUGCUGAUACACAGAUAAAUAGAUUGCUCAAUGAAUAUUUGCUCUGAUUUUAGUGAUGUUCAGGGAUUGUUUUCAGUACAAAGUUAGUGCUCGCUGCAUGUGCGAUCCUAGGCUGAUAUUCAAAUUGACUUUGGGUAGAGUAUUCAGUUCAGGCGUUAUUCAGCUCAGGCGUUGGCUAUUUAGUCAGAGAAGCGAAAAGGCCCUGUGUAAUUUACACAAUAGAUCAAUGCAAUCUAUAUAAUGUUUCCUCGCUUAUUUUUAUCUCGAUUAUAAGACCCUGAUCAUCCGACAACAGAUUUAGUCAGAAUUUCUGAUCACAUAUUCCACUAAAGUCUAGCUGGACGCUCCUCCGCUACUCCACUCCUAUCUUCUUUUUCCGCCCUUGAGUUUAUGUGGCUGGCGUACACAGGGUAGUUUUCCACAGUCAAAUCAAGUGUUUAUCCGGACAUAAACCUUCCUUCGAAAACCCUUCGCAGAAAACUCUCAAAACAGAAGGGGAGUUUCUUAUGUGACAUUUUACUUUUUAGAUCAUCUAAGCGACUAUUUUUGCGUCUCAAUCUUUUUGGAUUGCCAGGGAAGCGCUGCAUUCUUUUUAUUAAAAUGGUCGGACUGUAUUUGAGGAAUUAAAUUCGUUUCAUACAAGUUUUCAUAUCACCAUAUUUAUUCGAUUAUAAGCCGCCCUUGUUUAUAAGCCACCUAAGAUUGAAAUCUGUAGCAAAUUGGUUUAAUCAAAAAAAUGUAAGCAGCCCUUGAAUCAAGCCGUGUCCACAAAGCCAGGCAGAGAUACCUGGUUUAAAACGACAUCCUCGUUGAUAAGCCGCCCUUAAUUAUAAACUUCAUCAAAACGUGCAAUAAUUUUAAUUCGUGGCUUAUAUUUGAAAGAAUAUGGUAGUCGAUGUCGAUACAAACUAAUUUUAACCCGUACUUCACGAAGAAUCGAUGUUUUUAAUGUUCAAAAUUUUGCAUUCGUUACUAUUUCUUGUUUAUAUAUAUAUAUUAAAAAAUUAAUGAAUUAAUGUUUCUAUCAAAACAAAUUAUUGCUUGAUGUCUUUUGCAGUUUUUAUCUAUUAUGUUUGGAUAAUUUCUAGUCAAGAUUUCUUCACCGGUAAUAUGAAGGGCAUGUUGGCAAAGGCAGAAAAUAUAUCUCUAAAAUAUUGAUAAUAUUAGUAACAAGAUUCGCUU